UCACAACCAAGAUGGCGGCGGAGCGGACAGCCGGCUCGGCACAGUGAGUGACAGGAGAAGCAGCCUCGGUCAGUUGGACAGCUAACAGUUAGACUCUGAGGGGGAGAAAAAUACAAUAACAACACAUCCCGCACCGUUCAUCUCACCUUCUGUAAUGCAACAGCGUCGGUAGAAGCCAGACACCGUCCGAAGUUGUGUGCGAGGACUAAUCUGACGUUCACAAGCGGGGAAGUUGAAAUGCAGACUGUGGUCUUGGACUCAGGAUGCAGUGCAGAUGUGUGGCCCUCGGAGCGGCUUUGGUCACUCUUUGUUUAACCUGUUCUGUUCCCGUUGAUCGCCACCGCCUCAAGGUAGUUGGCGGGGAUGGGAAAUGAUGGAGGACAAAGGCCCUCGUGUAGCCGACUACUUUGUGGUGGCUGGUCUGACGGACCCGUCCAAGCCGUUGGACCAGGAGAUCCACUUUGAUGAUGUCUGCCACAAGACGGCCAAGCCUAAGGCACCCAUCACAGAUGUGGCAGUGGUGAUCCGCUCAGUGGGGGAGGAGGUGCCGCCAGGGUUCACAUGCAUAGAAACAACACCGACAGGCCAAUCGGCUGAUCUUAACAACGGCGCCCUCAUGGCGCCGCAGAUCUUAUUGUGCUACAGGCGAGGUCGUGACAAGCCACCACUAACCGACUUGGGUGUGCUGUAUGAGUGGAAGGAGCGUCUGAAGCAGGGCUGCCACCUUAUCCAAACCACACCUUCUGGUCGCCCAGCCAACAUCAGUGGUAAUUCCUCCCAACGCAUCUACAUCACCUACCGCCGGGCUCCCGAGAGCCAGCCGCACGCCGCCUUGGCCCUCACAGACGUCUGCAUCAUCAUCCCGAGCAAAGGGGAGACCCCACCACACACUUUCUGCAAGGUGGAGAAGAAUCUCAACAGCAGCAUGUGGGGAUCCUCAGUCUACCUGUGUUACAAGAAGUCUGUGGCCAAAACCAACACAAUAGCGUACAAAGCAGGUUUAUUCAGCAGAUAUCCAGAGGAGGACUAUGAGUCAUUCCCUCUGCCAGAGUCUGUUCCUCUCUUCUGCCUUCCCAUGGGGGCCACAAUUGAGUGCUGGCCAGCUAACACCAAAUACUCCCUCCCUGUUUUUUCCACCUUUGUCCUCACCGGAGCCUCUGGAGAGAAGGUUUACGGUGCUGCCAUUCAGUUCUAUGAGCCCUACCCACAGGAGUGCCUGACCGAUCAGCAGCUCUCCCAGCUGGGUCUCCUGAUCCCCGACCCUCACAAACCCUCUCCCUCCAGCUGUAUGGCCGCUGGCACCAGCAGCACCGCAAACGGCAGCCCACGCUCAGUCUACACCAACAAGUGUAUCUGCCUGCUCUCUCACUGGCCCUUCUUCGAUGCUUUCCGCAAGUUCCUCACAUUCCUCUAUCGCUACUCCAUCUCAGGCCCUCAUGCCCUGCCCAUUGAGAAGCACAUCUCCCACUUCAUGCACAAAGUUCCCUUCCCUUCUUCUCAGAGGCCUCGCAUCCUUGUGCAGCUUUCCCCUCAUGACAGCCUGAUGCUGAGCCAGCCGGUCUCUUCUCCAUUACCGCUCAGUGGUGGUCGAUUUUCCACACUGCUCCACAACCUUGGGCCAGAGAACGCUGUCACCUUGCUGGUGUUUGCUGUCACUGAACAUAAGAUCCUGAUCCAUUCACUACGACCGGCCGUACUGACCAGUGUUACUGAGGCUCUCGUGUCUAUGAUUUUUCCGUUCCACUGGCCCUGCCCGUAUAUUCCUCUGUGCCCCCUGGCGUUGGCUGAUGUGUUGAGUGCCCCCUGUCCGUUCAUUGUAGGCGUGGACUCUCGCUACUUUGAUCUUUAUGAUCCCCCUCCGGAUGUCAGUUGCGUGGACCUGGACACAAACACCAUCUUCCACCAUGAAGAUAAGCGAGCCCUCACAUGGAAGAUUCUGCCAAAGAAAGCUUGUAAAAACCUAAUGAAUGUGCUGAAUAAUCUCUACCAGCAGCUUGUUGAUGGUCAGUACCGACCAGAUGGGCUGCUGGAGCUGAGCAUGAGCGAUUCGUCAGAGUUGAGCUGUGGGAAGAGUCUCCACACACUGGAGCUAGAGAUCCAGGAAGCCUUUCUGCGCUUCAUGGCAGCAAUUCUGAAGGGCUACCGCUCCUUCUUGCGCCCCAUCACUCAAGCGCCUUCAGAGAAAGCCACAGACGCUAGCUCACUCUUUGACUUGCAAGGGUUCUUGAAGAGCCGCGACCGCUCACACCAGAAGUUCUACUCCCUAAUGACGAAGACCCAGAUGUUCAUCCGCUUUAUCGAAGAGUGCUCCUUUGUCAGCGACAAAGACGCCAGCCUGGCCUUCUUUGACGACUGUGUGGAUAAACUUUACAAUUCAGAGCGGGGUGCAGAUAAAGGAGGCAAGGUGGACAGCGACAGGCCGGAGGAGACCCGGCUUAUAGAGAUUGAUGAAUCCCAGCGUAGUGAGCACACAGUCUUCAUCACGCCUCCAGAGCUGCCUCCUCUGCCCGAGGGAGAGGAGCAUCCACUAUGCUACAGGUAUGAUGGUUUCCCAGUGUUGAGUUUAGAUCUAUUUGACCCCGUGGAGGGUCUGCAGACGCCCUCCUCCCGCCUCGCUGCCAGGCACAGCUGUCCCACCAGCCCUGCCCCCAUGUUUAGACGCACCAAGCAGGAGAUCAAAUCAGCCCAGAAGAUUGCUAAAAAGUACUCAUCCAUUCCUCAGCUGUGGUCCAAGUGCCUGCUGCGUCACUGCUACGGCCUGUGGUUCAUCUGCCUGCCAGCAUACGUGAAGGUGUGCCACUCCAAGGUGCGAGCGCUUCGCACAGCCUACGACGUCCUCAGGAAGAUGCAGGCGAAGAAGCUACAGCCCCCUGAUGAGGUCUGCUACCGGGUUCUGAUGCAGCUGUGUGGACAGUAUGGGCAGCCUGUCCUGGCAGUGAGGGUCCUCUUUGAGAUGAAGAAGGCUGGAGUCCACCCCAACGCCAUAACGUAUGGUUACUAUAACAAGGCGGUACUGGAGAGCACAUGGCCCUCCAGCACCAGAGGAGGAUACUUCCUGUGGAUGAAGCUAAGAAAUGUCAUACUGGGCGUGGCGCAGUUCAAACGGGCACUACGACGACACGCACCCCUCACCCAGAGCCCUCUGUCAGAUGGCAGUGACCUGGACGCUGUGAGUCACGGCAGCCUGGAUAGCUCUGCCGACACUAACCUGGUCGAGCAGGGCCCCUACGCCGCCGACUCUAUCAAAGUAGACCCCACUGAUGAUAGAUCUAGCACAGUCAGCUGUAGGGGCGGCAGCUUGGGCACCAGGGCCCCGGUGGCGCACUCACACGGUGGGGGCUUUGAGCUCAGAGAAGCCACCCUCCACCCAGGUGAUCAGUCAGACUUGGGUUAUAAUUCCCUGUCAAAAGAGGAGGUGCGGAGAGGAGACCCCGCUGGCCAGGACUCUGCCCCUGACAAAGACGACAAGAAGGAGAGCGACUGCAGCUCCUUGUCAGAGACAGAAAGUGCCAAGGGAAGCAAAGAUUGCCUCCCUCAGCUUGACUUGGAGAUGAGUUCUUCCUUCAGACCCCGUGGCAUUGUUCGCAGCAGCUGUCCAUUUGAUGACUCAGCCUGUAAACCCAAGAGUUCCGCCAGCGCAGACCACGUUGCAGGUCUCCUCUUCACUACCUCCCUGGAUGAGAUUGGUGAGAUUCAGACAAACAGUUUGCUCCGGAGACAUAAGAGCACUCUGGAGGAGGUGGUGGGCAGCGCCAGCAGUGGCUCUGCGCUUGACUGGCAGGGUGUAAAGAGCCGUCGGCUGAGUGGUGACACUGUGGGAAGCAGUGGGAGUGGCACCACUGUCCUGGGCCUGGGCAUGAGCCAGGGUGAAACUGAUCCAGAUAAAAUCGCAGGACACCUGGGCGCAGAUGCUAAAAUCCUCGCUGGUGCCAACUUCACUAAGGCUAGGAGGCCUCAUUCCCUGGCUCUGGGUGGGCUCGAGGGGGUAGCUGCUAAGUCACACGCUGCCAGGAGUAGUGAUCACAGGGAAGUGGAUGAGGAGGCGGAGCGGCAGGACUCCAGCGAUGAGGACAGGAACACUACAGAGGCCAUUUUUGAUCUGGAGGAUUUGGAUUUCGAAAAGCCCUCUAAGGGGGCAAAACCUUAUAAAAAAGCUGUUGAACGUAGCGCCAGCUAUGGUGGUGUGAGCACCAUGACAAACAGAGGCACUGUGACGCGCACAGGUAUUGAAACAGGCUACGACCCUCUCUCCCUCCUGGCAGCAGAGUCUGAUCAGCAAAAUGAGGAACGGUACACGGAGGGGGACCAGGCCAGCACUCCUAGUGCCCGGAGGCACCUGGCCAGGGAGAUUGAGCUCUACAUGAACCACAUGGGCAGCCCGCUGAGCAGCCGCACGCCCAGUCUGGACUUCCAGGACCCAGCCAGCCCCGUCCUCCUCCACCAUUCCUUACUCUCUGCUUCCUCCCGCAGAGCCAGCCUCCCCCACAGCUCCCCCCUCAGGACUGCAGGAGUGUCUCGCUCCCGCACCUUCCAGCCGCCGUCGCCCUCGCAGCCCAUCGCGCGCCAACAUCUGUGGUCUUCGCCUCCAACUCGAAGCUUGAGCACCACCCCCAGCCCGAGUCCUCGACCCAGCCCCUACAGAGAGAGGGCGGACAGGAUGAGUCUGACGUCACCUUCACUCUCCUCCUCCUCUUUUGCUUUAGAUACACUCCUGACGCCAACACUGGAUGUGUUCAAGACCAGCAUGUUCUCUGCUGGGAAGGGAGUAGCAGAGAAAGCGAGCCGCUGGUACACGCGCCUUGCCACAUACACAACACCCACCAAGGACAGCCAGAGUGACCGUUUGAGCGUGUCCUCCCUCGGUGCGGGAGAUCCAGACUGCUCCUCACUGUUAGAUGAGGAAGACUCUGGAGACACAGAGCACUCAAUGGUCUUUCCAUUGAGGAAUGGCCCUGUUGGCCCUCCAGGACCUCGCAGGAGUCCCAGACGCAGCCCCCUCCGCAGCCAUCUGGACAGUCCCACUGCAGGAUCGAGCUAUGGAAGACCCACAUCUCUGCUCCCUGGACUGCCUGGCUUCUCUCUGCCAGACAAGUCGGACCUCAGCUCUUCACGGUACACCAGCAACACUAGCAUCUUCAACAACUACGCCAUGGAGCUGCUGAUCUCCAGCUGUUCUCGCUGUAAGACCUGCGACUGCCUGGUGUAUGAUGAGGAGAUCAUGGCCGGCUGGACAGCAGACGACUCCAACCUGAACACCACCUGCCCCUUCUGUGGAAACCCAUUCCUGCCGUUCCUCAAUGUGGAGAUCAGGGACAUGCGAGGACCUGGCAGGCUCUUCCUGAAGGGCAGCCCAUCAGUAGAUGAGGCGACGACCUCGUCAUAUUCUGCCUCCACAGGGCUGGACACAGGGACAUCCACCUUGUCUACUCCCUGUCCCACGACAGCUAUCUCCCCUCAGUCCCCUAUGAUUGCUGUGCAGGAGUGCUCAGCAAGGUCUCGGUCAACCAGGGAUCAAGGCAUCAAUAUACCCGUAGAACGCCGGCAGGGGGCGCGAUCCUCUGGAGCUCCUAUAGCCCGUAGUGUCAGCGCCUUUGGUCCUCUGGAUGAAACGACCCGACACAACUGCUGUUUGCCAACAUCAGGCAGCCUGCCCAGUUGUCUGAACGAAGCCACGGACCCACUGAGUAUGGAGUGGCGGCUUCACAACCCAGAGCCUGUGACGGUUCCCUACCUGAGCCCACUGGUGCUGUGGAAGGAGCUCGAGAGUCUGCUGGAGAACGAGGGCGACUCAGUGAUCACAGAGGCUGACAUGGUGGACCAUCACCCCAUCAUCUACUGGAACCUGGUCUGGUACUUCAGACGGCUGGACCUACCCAGCAACCUGCCAGGUCUCAUCCUCACCUCUGAGCACUGCAACAGAGACUCCCAGAUCCCUCACCACUGGAUGUCUGAGGACAGUAAACAUGUGUUGAUCCAGAUCCUGUGGGACAACCUCAAGCUGCACCAGGACCCCAUCCAGCCUCUGUACAUCCUUUGGAACACAUACAAUGUUGGUUACCCUGUGUCUCGGCCAGUCCCAGAGGAAGAAAAGCCGUUCAGUGAGGAGCUGCUGCACAGUAUGGUGAAGAGCAUCCAGAGGAACGACGUCAGCCGCCCGAUGGCUCAGCUGCUGCAGCUGCUGGGGCGGACGCUCGGGGUCAAAAGGCAAAGGAGUUUGUACAGGGACAUCCUCUUCCUGUCCUUGGUGGCUCUGGGAAAAGAUAACAUUGAUAUUGACGCCUUCGACCGUGAGUACAAGUUGGCGUACGAUCGCCUUACACCCAACCUGGUGAAGCUGACCCACAACUGUGACCGUCCUCCGAGCACAGGUGUCAUGGAGUGUCGCAGGACUUUUGGAGAGCCUUACUUGUAAAGAGUCACCUAAACACACCAUGAUUAACUCUCAUUAUCCUCAUUGUUGCUUUAAGACUAGCUCAGGAAACCAGUUGGAAGACCACGAAUGUGCACUACGGGAAUGUUUGGGGGAACUCUGUAAGCGCUCAUAGGGGUACAGGUGACUGUGGACAGCAUUAUGUAGCCUGAAGUUUUAGAGACUUCUAUCUAUGAGGACAGAAACACUACACGCAGCGUUCAUAAACUACUCUCCAUGCAGUGUCGAGUGAGCCGCAACAGCUUACAUUGGGAAUGAGUGACAGUGAUGCAGAUAUCCUGUAAAUACAAAACAGGAAAGGAUUUUUUUAAUGUACCAUUCUUAUUGUAUAUCAUUUCAUCAUAUGAAGACUAAUAUUAGCAAUAUUUUAACUGGAACUUUAUUUAUACAAAGUCAGCUUAUGUAUUGUACCGUCCUUUUGUUAUGUGCAGUGUUUGACUUUGACCUGUGGUCGCUGGCCGUCUUCUCGUCUUGCAGUUUUAAACCAGGAAAAAUGUUUUCGCUCAGUGUGGAAAAGAUGCAGUACAUGUUUGGUGUGUGUUUUCAGUGAGCUUUCUAUGCUUUAUGAGAUGGAACUUUUUUAAUUAGAUCUGCAUCAAUUUUGAAGACAGAUUGCAUAGAUCUACAGGCUUUCUAGUUGUCAGCGAAAAGUGACGGAACAUAAAGCCAACACGGUGGUUUACAGAAGCCCUGAGAGGCGAGUGAGGCAAACAAAAUCAAAUGAAUCUGAUAUAAAGUGUCCUGUAUUUAUGACUAAAGACCAAGCUGGGAAAAAUGAUCUACCUUCCCUUCUCUGAAACACAGGGGAAAAGCAUGAUCCUGCAUUUACAAAGCAUUUGUUUUUCACUGUUUAAGCCAUAAACAUCAGAGUUACAAAAUAGUUUUUUCAUAAAAAUAAACAGCAGAAACACGUCACAGUGACAGAGUAAAAGACCUUAUCAUAAAUCAGUUCAGAUUAAACAGCACAUUUCAUUGUAAAAAAAACAAUCAUGUUCAUUACUUUAAAUCAGUGAAUGUUAUGACCCUGAUCCUCUCAGGGAGCGAUGAAUGCUGAUCACGUUAAUCUUUUCUUGUACUGAAGAGCAUAUGUCCUUAUUACCAGAUCAAGUGUAUUUUUUUUCACUUGUCAGAGAAAAUGGUAUGUUUGGGGUUUGUUUACAAAAAACGAUUUCUGAGCUUUAAGCUAUUCAUCCCCAUGAAAAGUACCACUUUUAGUCUUCUUCAGCGGGGUGUUUGUUGUCAGAGUACAUAUCAGUGUUACAGAGGUGUUACCGGCCCUAUAGGAAGCCACAUAGCGGUGAGGAAGAGGGCAGAUUGCGGACAGGUGAGUCUUCUGCAGCCAAUCAGCAUUAAAGCUCAAUCAGAGCGGUUAACAGGGAUGGCAGACAAUCUUUGAUAGAUGGAGCAGUGAGGCAUGUGUAACACCUCCACCUUCACCUCAACCACAAAAAAAGAUAACAUGUCACCAAACCAUUGUUUUUUUACUUUGAAACUUGACUUGAUGUUCAAAGGCUGUAAAAAUAAUAGCCAACACAUCCGCCACUGGUAUGAGUUACACAUGAGUGUGUCGCAUUUGUUUACAUUCAUUUUCGUGGUCUAACCCGAAUCGAGAGAUGAAUUUGGGGUUGUAAGAGUUCACAGCAUGAAUUAGUUCAAAUUAAAUAUUUUAAAUGGCAACCAUAUACACAGUCAGCCAUAAUAACAAUAAUAAUAACAAUAAUAAUAAUAAUAAUAAUGAACCUUUUAUGCAGUUUUUUUGUUAUUCACAGUUAUUUCUUUAAUUCGUGAUGAUAACAGCAGACUGAAAUUUAAAGUCAAAGUAAACUUUAUUUGUCAUGCUGGCCACACAAGGACUGCAUAGUGGGACAAAACUGUGUUUCUCCUAGAACACCAUGCACUAUAGUCAUAGUAAUUAUACAUGAAUACCCAGCUAAGAUCAAAAUCUACAAAUAUUGCACAGCAGAAACUUAGGCACUAUAUGUGAAUCUUUGUACUGAUGAAUAUUAAAAACAUAGGUGCUCAUGUUAUGCAGACACUGAAAAUAUUGCACAAAUUAGCAGCAGUUGCAGAGACAUUUUGUGUAAGAGUUUGCAUAUACAACGGUUCUUGGAUUGGUGUGUGAUAGUGUGUAUUUAAAGAGAGUUCAGGACUCUAAUGCUGCGAUAGCGUUUUUUAGAGGGCAGGAUGGUAAACGGUUUGCGUGUCGGCAGCUCUGUGCAGGCAGGAUUUGGUGUGUGGUCCUGUGGGGGUGAGAGAGGAGACCUGGCGACCUGACCUGGUGUCUUCACCAUUCUCUGAAGUUUGCUCUGAGACAUUGCUCUCUGUAGUGCUUCUGUGGGAAGUGUUGAGGGCAGAAGGGAGUCUGAUUGCUCUUCUUGACCGCUUCAGGAAGCGCAAGCGCUGCUGUCUACCUUUUGAUGAGGAAGGUGGUAUCUGUAAGCCCAGGAACCCGGUGCUGUUAACUAGCAGUGCGGUGCUGUCAAGGAUUGUGGGUGGAGUGUGGGAUAAAUAGCGUGAACAAUCACCCUUACAACAUACAAUAUCAAUUGAUCUAUGUGACCUAAAUCACUUUAUCUGGAGGGAAAACCAAAGUGAAUUUUUGAUUUGUUGGUAACAAUUAUCCAACUAUAAAGAUAUCAAUGAGUCUUAGCGGAGGUUAAUAAAAGAGCUUUGUGUUUAUGGUACAAACUGUAAAGUCCCACCUGUCAUUUAAUAACAGCAUAUCUGAGUGUUUAUUGCACAUGCAGCCAGUUAAGCCUGUGGCUGAAUCAAAUGACUUUAAUCUCAUUGCCUUCUGCUUCCAUAUUGGUUUAAUACAAUAAUCCAAAUCAUUUUAAUGUCUUGGACCUCAAGGUGGCUCCUGUGUUUUGUGUUGUCUCUUCUUUGCUUGUCUAUGGAUGCAGGUUGUCACCUGCCACCGAGCAGCCAGGAUGCCAGAAUCUUUUGGGAACAUAUGUGGAGAAAAGGUUUAAAUUUUUCAUUCUGGCAACAUCCAGCCAGUUUUAUUAGUGUUGUAUCAGACUAAAGCUAAAUUAAUAAUUCUUAUUUCAGCUAGCAUAAACAAACAGUAAAAGAGGACUUUAUUAUAAAAAGUGGGAUUUAUGAAAAGCUUGAUACCUGGAGAUGUUUACACCCUGAGGUCUGUAUCCACCAUUGAAUUUACUAAAGAUUUAACUUUUGGACAGGUGUAAAGAUAACAGAGUUCAACUUUGCAAAGAGCCUACUUCACUUUUAAUUUGAAUAUAAAGUUCAUAUUUUAAUUUUUUAAAACCCUUAUGGGGUUAUUUAAGUUCUAGAGACCGUAUGAUGUUAUGUUGGAGAAAAUCAAACGGACCCUGGAGUGCAUUGCCUCUGUCGCUUAUAUUUGUUACUGCCUUAGUGAGGAUAUUAAUCCAGCUUUGAAAGGCAGAGUGGUUGAAGGAGGACCCCUGACUCUGAAAUCACCAAGGUCCUAUGAAUAUCAGCCAAGUCUUUGAUUUGUGGCAUGGCUAAGCAAAACUGGAAAAGUUUAACAAGUUGCACGUCUUUGUCCCUGAAAAAAAACCCAAACCUUUAGGUGUGGAAAUCUCUUUAACUGGUGAAUUUUGAUUUGGGAGAUGACACAUCAGCUUAGAAAGGCUGUGAUUCAUUUGUGGAUUUCUGUUGUGUUUAAAAAACAAUAGUACUGUAAAAAUAAAUGAUUUUGCAGAUUCUGGGCCAUGUACAUUUGAAUUGCCCUUUGUAUAAAUCACAUUUUAUAACCGUGUAUUCACACAUGUGCAAAGGUCCUUUUAGAAGUGGUGAAGUUCUGACGUUCUGUACAGCGACCAGAUCUACAGGACUGUUUAGGUGUAAAUAAAAUCAUGUAAACCCUCA